AUGGCUGAUGAACUAAACAAAGCUGCUUCAGAGGAAUACAAAACGUCAUCUGUAGAAGACGGAGGUGAGGAAGGAGAGAUCGUAGGGGAAUCGGAUGAUACGGCCUCGUCUUUAGGGAAACAAAUCACUAUGAAACAUCCACUAGAACAUUCUUGGACAUUUUGGUUCGAUAACCCUUCAGGGAAAUCGAAACAAGCUGCUUGGGGUAGUUCCAUUCGCCCCAUUUACACCUUCUCCGCUGCUGAAGAUUUUUGGAGUGUGUACAACAACAUUCACCACCCAAGCAAGUUGGCCGUGGGUGCAGACUUCCAUUGUUUUAAAAAUAAAAUUGAGCCAAAGUGGGAGGAUCCUGUAUGUGCCAAUGGAGGGAAGUGGACGAUGAACUUUUCUAGGGGUAAAUCUGAUACCUGCUGGCUGUAUACGCUUCUGGCACUGAUUGGAGAGCAAUUUGAUUAUGGAGAUGAAAUUUGUGGAGCGGUUAUUAAUGUUCGAGUUAGACAAGAAAAAAUAGCUCUGUGGACCAGGAAUGCUGCCAAUGAAACAGCUCAGGUGAGUAUUGGUAAACAAUGGAAAGAGUUUCUGGAUUACAAUGACACAAUUGGCUUUAUAUUUCAUGAUGAUGCAAAGAAGCUUGACAGAGCUGCCAAGAAUCGUUAUUCCGUGUAG